UUCACAAAGCACACAGACUGUGUGCUACCAAAGUGUUUGUCUCGGAAUUAACCUGUCAACAUGUGGACGACUCUGACAAAUUUAGACUUGAUCUCUGUGGGUCUGGCUCUGUCUCUGGGCUUGAUCUUUCUGGUUCUGGCUGAGAUAAUCAGGAUUAUUUCCUCUAAAGCCAAAACUCCACCUGGUCCACAGCCUCUGCCUUUUGUAGGAACAAUACCAUAUUUUGUGAUGAAUCCAAUGGAAUUCAUUAGAUCGCUGUCACAGUAUGGAGAGAUGACCACUCUGUAUUUUGGGAGGAAGCCAAUGAUAGUCCUGAAUACAAUCCAGAUCACCAAAGAAGCCCUGGUCCAAAAUGGUUCAUCUUUUUCUGGAAGGCCGCCUCUGCCAGUUCUAGACUGGAUAACGGAUGGAUAUGGUAUCAUACUGGCCAAAUUUGGUCACUCUUGGAGGCAACAGAGACGGUUUGCUCUGCACACGCUCAGGAACUUCGGUUUGGGGAAGAAGUCGGUGGAAGAACGCGUGUCAGAGGAAGGAUGUUAUCUGGUUACUGAAAUGCUCAAAGUGGAAGGCAAGCCAUUUGACCCUCAACAUGCCAUUCACAAUGCAGUUUCCAACAUCAUCUGUUCCAUUGUCUUUGGAGAACGCUUCGACUAUGAUAACAAGAGCUUUGCACACCUUCUGAAAAUCCUGAAAGAAAACAUCAUACUGUCAGGGUCACUUACCGCGCAGCUAUUUAACUUGUUUCCCUUCAUCAAGCACUUCCCUGGGCCACACCAGAAAAUCUACCAGAAUGCUGAAGAAUUAAAGGGCUUUAUCAGGGAAGCAGUUAAAGAACACAGAGAAACUUUGGACCCGGACAACCCACGAGACUUUAUUGAUGCCUACCUGCUGGAGAUUGAAAAACAAAAGUCCAAUGAUGAUUCCACAUUUCAUGAGGAGAACAUGGUGAUGUCAACAGCUGACCUGUUCUUGGCUGGAACUGACACCACUUCAACCACUAUCAGAUGGGGACUCAUCUUCUUGAUGCAAAACCAAGAUGUACAAGAUCGAUGUCAUGAAGAAAUAGUUCGGGUACUGGGUUACGACCGCUUGCCCACUAUGGAUGAUCGUGAGAAACUACCGUACACGUAUGCCACUGUUCAUGAGAUUCAGCGCUAUGGCAACAUUGUACCUGCUGGUGUGGUUCAUGAAACGACUCAGCCCACAAAAUUGCAAGGAUACAACAUCCCCAAGGAGACUCAAAUAUUGACAAACUUAACAGCAAUUUUAAGUGAUAAGGAGCAGUGGAAGUAUCCGGACACUUUUAACCCAGAGAAUUUCAUAGAUGAUGACAGACAUUUCUUCAAACCAGAGGCGUUCCUUCCUUUCUCAUUGGGUCCAAGGGUCUGUCUUGGUGAGACUCUGGCGAAGACGGAGCUUUUCAUCUUCAUCGCUUCUCUUCUACAGCGGAUUCAUUUCUUAUGGCCAUCUGGUGAGCAAUGGCCAGACAUGGAUGGGAUUGUCAGUGUGGUUCGCUCUCCUCGGACAUUCAACAUCAUCUGCCACAGCAGAGCUUCCAAAGAGUGAUCAUCAGUAACUUGUUCAACAUCUUAAGAAUGUUUUAGGAUUCCGUAGCUAGUUUAAGUUUAGAUAUAGUUUUGAAACUAACAUUUAAAUAAAUAGUUGAAUAGUUGAAGCCUAUUUUAAUUUCUUGAUCGUUAUGUCUUAUAUCUUCGUUGUUUUGUUUGUCUUCUUGUUAUAUCUUUAUCAAGGGAACAUGACGGAUUAUAAAUUUUUUGACAUAUUUUUAAACAAGCAAAAUAAAACUCAUCUGCUCUCUCGGAGGUCUCUGCCUUUUC